AUGGUUAUGUUUGCAUCAAUUCCUUCCUUGGUUACUGCGCUUUUUAUUGGGGCUUGGACAGACAUGGUGGGACGUCGACCUGCCUUAGCGUUACCAGCUAUUGGAAGUUCCAUUGAGGCUGUUAUUGUGCUAUUAACAAUGUCCUUAAAGUGGCCAAUUUAUGUGUUGUUUGUGGGAAGUGCUAUUAAUGGCUUGUGUGGAUUCUUUACUACAGUGGCAAUGGCCACGAUGGCAUACAUUGCUGACACCACAAAUGAGUCUGACAGGAGUUUUCGUCUUGGUAGGUGUAUAAUUGACCUUAAUUUGCAUAAAUAGAAUACAGUCAUGAACACCCAUCUAGUCAAGGCAAAAAGCAAAGGCAAAGUCAGUUGCCAGGGGCAUAGCCAGCCCAUAGACCUGUAGGCCUGGGCCUACAAAUUUUUGGUUUGAUCACUCUACGGCUUCUAAUAUGAAUUAUGCAUUGUUGGGUUGAGCUAAAAAGCUUAUGGGCUCAAAGAGUUGUUGUCAGGUCGGUGCAUACUAGCCAUGUGUGCAAUUUUCAGGAUAUGUGGAAAUGAAAGUCAGCCAGGCCUACAGCAAGUCGAAAAGCUGGCUAUGCUCCUAGUGGCUCUAGUUAUUAGGGAGCUUUAGCAAAGGUGUUUUAUGGAAGUGAGGCCUUUUCCCCUUUCAAUGUUCCUUGAGUGUACCAAAUUUGUAGUGCUAAGUGUUUCUACUCUUAUAAAGAUGAUUUGCAUGAAAAUUUGGACAAAAUCCCUGCUCAAGAAUGCAAAAAGUCCACUUCCAGUUGAUGUGCGUCGUUCAAAAUGUCUUUUUCUGUAAGUUCCCUAGUAACUGGCUCUGCUAGAGUGCUUACAGCCCUGAAAGCUACAUUCAAGCCAUAAUUAUUCAGACUCCCCCCCCCCCCUUCCUUAUGUGUGGCUGAAAGUUAAUAUACUCUUUAAUAAAUGGCAAAGGAAGCUUGUAGGUGGGGUAAGAGCGCAGGGAAGGGAGGGGCACGAAUGGUGUCUUGCAAUUAAUAGACUGCUUGAAUUUUGUGAGUUUAGCACCUAUUAGUCAUGGAAGUAAUGGUUAAAUCCGCCUUCUCUUUUCUGCAGCUUUCAUGGAAUUCUUAGUGUUCACAGGAGGAAUGGUUAGUCAACUCACUAGUGGACUAUGGAUUGAACACCUUGGUUUUAUCGGGCCCUAUUGGUUCAUCUUAGCCUGCCUUGUCUCUUCUGUACUCUAUGUAAUUUUUUUCGUCCCCGAAUCGAGAGCUACAUCUUCUGAACACAAAUCAAUCUGCAGUCUCUUCAGCUUUGCGAGCAUCAACAGAGUGUGGAAUGUCUACAAGAAUCCGAGAAACGGAGCAAGAAGAAACCUGAUCGUCUUCACGUUUUCCUCGGGUGUGAUUGUCCUCACUACUCUUGGUAUUGGUGGGGUUAUGGUGCUGUAUGUGCUUCAUUCUCCAUUGUGCUUCUCUGCAGAGCAGGUUGGCUAUUUCUCUGGUUACCGGUUUUUUCUGCAGGGCUUUGGCGCUGUUCUUGGAGUCAAGCUGUUGGGAAUGUGUCUUUCUGAAAUUAACAUUAUUAGAGUUGGUAUAUUUUCUCUUGCUGUGGCUUUAAUGAUGUUUGGAUUCUCAAAAGCUACCUGGCUAGUGUAUUUGGGUAAGCGUUUACGUGCAUUUGGAACAGAGUGUAUGAUUUGCAAGUAUUCUCUAAAACUUAGAAUUAUCUUAAUGCCUAAUUUAGUAAUACUUGUAUUUAAUUUAAUACAACAAUAUUUGCUACAGGAUUGAAUUUUUUUCCCUCGCAAUCGUCACCUGUGCCAUGCUCUUCGAUAGUAGGGAGGUAACUCGAAAACAAGCCAAGCGAAAUAUGACGCACGUGAAUAUUGGCCCUGGGCUUUUUUCGCAUUGGUUUUAGUACCAGGGUCUCUGCCAGUACUUGAAUACACUAUAUUCGCGUUUUUAAUGAUCAAACUUGGUCGCGCAGUUCGUUGAAAAUGUUAAAUUUAGGCGAAUUUACCUGGAGUUGAUUCCUUGGGGACCGCACUAAUAGAAAAAUUCGUCGUCGCUUGUUUACGUCCUCCAUAAAAAAAAAAUGAAAUUAGGCAUUUUACGUCGUGGGCGUGCAGCGAUGGUAAAGAAAUGUACAGAAAAGCGUGAUGCACGUGAAUUUUUUUCUUUGCUUAAUAAACCCAUUACUUUUUUGACGUUCUCGUUGCCGUCGCCGUCGUCGUUGCUAAACCCUCCUAAUAUCUUGGAACCUGGAACAGGCUAUCGUUUUCCGCUUGUAUUAUACUGUAAAAGAACAAAGCACAAAACAAAACACAGCAGAUCAAGUCAGUGACGUCAAAAAAGAAAAACAAAUGUUAGCAGGUCAAGCGUUAUGUCUAGACAGAAAGUUGGAGCCCGUAUCAAUGGAAAUCAAAUUCGCUGAACUACAAGAAAUACCGUGAUUCACAGUUAAGUGAGCCGGUGAAAAAACGGAAAUCGUUAUCACAUACUGGAUUCUUGUUUCUUCAAAACAAAAAAAAAACAAGAAUUCGAAAUCGUCCGUAUACGGUGGGGAAACCCGACCUCCCACUAAACCUCCCCCUCUCGUGAGCUGCUGCCCGAGGCUAUCAAGAAUUAAUUUUGAUUGAUAAGCGCGGGAAUUUUUCCAUGUUAGCCAUUCAACCUUUUUUAAUAUGAAUUUCCCCAACUGCUCCAAUAGGAAAAACAAAUUGGGAAAGAUUAACGCGUUACAGUAAACUCUAAGAGUUAUGUCCGUCUUAAAAAGAGUCAAAUAAACGGAGUAAAGAAAGGCAGGGACCAACUCUAGGUAUUCGUUUUACAGAGGUGUCCGUUUAGGGAGAGUCGACUGUAUUACUAAUCUCCUUCUGAGAUCCUCUUUCAGCGCCUUUGGCCGGUGUAUUCAGCGGGGCUGCUGUACCCAUUUUCCGUGGAAUGAUGUCAAGAAUAGUUGGUGCCGACGAACAAGGUAUCUCUCCUUACCUCACUGUGUUGUGUUUCCCUGUAGUAAUAUAGUAACAAGGUUUAUAACGAGGCCGACCAAUCUCGUGCGCAGGUCUUCGCUUCUUUGCUCCACGGUACGGCGAGAAAAAGAGCGAGUUUACAGGUCAACAUUCUCGGAUGAUAGCUUAAAAAAGCCGUAUUGCCUCUCUCUCUGCCCUUAAAGGGGCUAUUUGCUAUCUCAGUCUUGAAAGGCUAAAACCUGUCUUUGCAUCAACUGAAUUCCACCCAAAAAGAUAUACUUUGUUAUGUAAGACCAUGAUCUUUUAGGCACUGAAAGUCGUUUAUUGCUACGGGUGACAAGGAUGGACAGGGAUUGAAUUGAAAAGUUAGGCCAACUUUUUCAAGUUUUAAUGUGACGCCUACAAAAAUCACCAGUAAAAUAUUAUGGUUUGCUCACUAAGUAAUGGCUUAGGCACAGAAAUGCCCUAAAAUUAACAGCAAUAUCCUCUCGACAAAGCCCCUUUAAGUUCAUUGUGUUUUUUACCUUCAGUAAUAGUAAUGUGUUGUUCUCUCACUUUCAGGGGCGCUGUUUUCUGCCACCGCAUCUCUGGAAACCUUGUGUAAUUUUCUUGGAGCUUUUAUUUUCAACUCUAUGUAUCCUGCAUCACUCAAGUUUGAAUUUCCUGGUUUUGUGUUCUUUCUCGGGACCGUGAUGUUGAUAGUACCUGUGCUGCUCAUGUGGUAGGUUGCAGACCCACAAGAUAAAAAACAUGAGAAUCGUACAUUUGUACUUCUGAUGGGCUGGGGUUUUUUUUUCAACUUUUGACUGCGACCAACUAGCGAAAAUCCAUCAACACGACAAAAAGAAAAAUGCCCCUGAAACCAGUAAAGCGCCGAGUUUCCCGGAUUGUGCCAAGUUUCCCAGAUUUCUGUUGACAGUUACCCUGUGUUCAACUGAUCGUUUGCUUAAAAAGGCAUGAAAACGAGGUUAAGCAGGGUUACGAUCCUUUUGGUCUCGUCUCCAAUUUGGCGCCAUUGUCUUGACCAAUCAGAAGCCAAUUAUUUGUUUGCACGCGUCUUCCCGCGUUUUUCAUCGGCUACCGAACUGUAUGUAUUUGCCCCGAGAGCUCGUGUUCUGAACUUUAUUUUUUGAUUGUCCGUAUCUAUUGUGAUUAUUAGGUACUUGUGGUAAUUUAACUAAAAGUAAUGUAACCAAUCUGACCAAUAACAGGAAUAGUGAAUCCUGAAUAUAAACCGUUAUGAUCCGUCGAGGCGGCAGGUAGGGAGUAGAUUUUGGCUUGAAAAGUCACGCGAGAGUUUUAGUAUCAAGGGUUUUAAUUUCUAAUUUUUUUGAUUUAUCAGUUGUUUAAGAAACCCAGCAAGCUUCCUGUCGAAGAAGGACUUGUGUCGGUCAACACAGAAAGACAACAUGGCGGACAGUUUACUGACUGACCCUGUCAGCGCCGUCAUUGAAUCAAGUGGAUCCCCAUUACCCAACCCUACCCUGACAGAAGACGGUUAUGAAACAAUGGGGUGAUACUGCGUUCAUUAAGUUUACAACUGAACUUAAUUUGGAAGCGUUUUGACCGGAGGGGAGUGAAAUAUGAGCAACACUGGUCACAUGAAGAGGCUGCUCGAAAAUGAUCAUGAACCGAAGAGAUUAUCCAUUUAGAAAGAAAUAGAUGUUAAUCUUUAAAAUUCUAUUAAUAGUCUUUCUCUUUUGAUGUGAUAGAAAAAUGCUAAAGAAAAUAUCGUUUUUGGUUUACAUCAAAUUACUGUAUUUCCGUAUGAGCUAUUGUAGCUAACAAUGUAAAUAUAAUGUCCCGGUAAAUAAACUGGCAUGAAAUGCUACUUGGCAUUUUUCACAAAAGAGAUGGGGAGAAAAUGAAAGUGGAUGGUCGUCCAUGCUAGUACAUCGGGCAUUUGUAAAUUACACUAAUAAUUCAGUAUUGUAAGCAGUAGCGUUACAUGUUGUAAUUGUGUCAACAACUAGGCGGGUUAGGACCUUUUUUGAAAUUGAUAUUUCAUGGCCCUAGGCUACUUUAAAACGAAACUAUAAACACUUCGGUUAAAAAUAUGUGCCACCAAUACUACUUAUAUAUGCCAUAAAUAAUUGCAAGCAAGUCGAACUGAUUCUUAGUUCAGCGACCAAUGAAAAUGUAGAAUUAUAAAUAAUUUUUUUGAAAUAAAAUCACCAUCUUCUUCGACAAAAUU